AUGGCGGCGAAGAAGCAGGACGCCGGAAACACAAAAAAGAGAAAGCGACUCGAUAGUAAAACUCACGAAUCUCCCUCUAAUUCCAAGGAUUCGAAUCUCGCUGCCCCAAAGAAGCACAAACCAGACUCUGUUGCCAAAGACAAGAAGCAGCAGAAGCCUCCUCUUACAGGCCGAGAACGUCGUCUUCAUGCCAAGGAACUUGCGGAUGCCAGAAAAAAAAAGAGAAAGCGACAUUACACUCUUGAGCAAGAGCUUGCACGUCUAUGGGAAAAGAUGAGACGUCAUGAGAUUGCUAAAGAGGACAGAGCUAAGCUAGUGACAGAAGCACUGCAAAAGAUGAAGGGGAAGAUUCCAGAGAUAGCUGGCUCUCACAUUUCAUCCCGUGUUCUACAGCAUUGUUCACAAGCUGAAAGAGAUACAGUAUUUGAAGAGCUUCGUCCACAUUUUCUAACUCUAGCAUACAAUGCAUAUGCUGUUCACUUGGUGAAGAAGAUGCUCGACAACGCCUCCAAGAAACAACUAGCAGGCUUUAUCUCCACUCUCCAUGGUCAUGUUGCUCCUCUUCUUCGUCAUAUGGUUGGGUCAGUUGUUGUUGAGCAUGCUUAUGAGUUAGCAAAUGCUGCACAAAAGCAAGAAUUGCUUUUGGAAUUAUACUCCACAGAACUUCAGUUGUUUAAGGAUCUAGUGUCAUUGAAAGAGAGCAGAUUAUUAGAUGUAAUGUCCAAGUUGAAGCUGCAAAAAGGUUCAGUUUUGCGACAUAUGACAUCAGUGAUUCAGCCAAUUUUAGAGAAAGGGAUAGUUGACCAUUCUAUCUUACACAGAGUCUUGCUGGAAUUUUUUAGCAUUGCUGACAAGUCAUCUGUCACAGAUAUAAUCCAACAGUUAUCAAGUCCACUCAUUGUUAGAAUGAUUGGUACGAAGGAUGGAGCCAAAAUUGGAACUCUGUGUGUAAAAUAUGGAAAUGCCAAGGAAAGAAAGAAGAUUAUCAAAGGAUUGAAGGGGCACGUAGACAAAACAGCUUAUCAUCAAUAUGGGUGCAUGGUGCUGGUUUGCAUCCUUUCAGUUGUAGAUGACACAAAACUGAUAACAAAGGUUAUCAUUCGUGAGCUUCAGUCAGUUCUAAAGGAGCUUGUUCUGGAUAAGAAUGGAAGGCGUCCAUUACUCCAAUUAUUACAUCCUAAUAGUUCACGCUAUUUCAGUCCUGAUGAUCUUGCUACUCUGAGUUUAUCUAUACCUUCCCUGUCUCUGAAGGAUCAGUCAGAAGCUAGCUGUCUUACUGAAACUAAGCACGUUUCACUUGGUGACAAGGAAUCCAAGGAAGUCAUGCAGGUGGCAGUGGAUGAAGUUAACAAAGAUAAAACUUCUAUGGAUGAUUCCGACCUAGCUGAGAGUGGGAAAAAAGACCCACUUGUUAGAAGGCAGGAGCUGUUGAUCAAGAGUGGACUUGCAGAUAGUCUUCUUGAUGUAUGUAUUGAGAGCGUGGGAGAACUGAUACGGUCAAAUUUCGGCAAAGAGAUCUUGUAUGAGGUUGCAACAGGGGGUUCUGAUGGUAUAAUGCACCCAACUAUGGACGAAAAGAUAAAUUCUCUCCACAACGCAGUAGCUUCUCUUGCAGCAAUGCCUAAACAAGAAGAUUCCCAAGAGGAGCAUGUCCUUGAAAAUUUCCAUUCAAGUCGGACCAUUAGAAAACUGAUUUUGGAUUGCCCCAACUUUGCUUCCACCUUAUGGGACAAAGCUUUUAAAGGGAGAAGUGAGUUAUGGGCGCAUGGCCACAGCUGUAAGACUGUUUCCGCAUUUUUGGAAUCACCAGAUCCGAAAGUACAAAAACUUGUAAAGAAUGAGCUACAGCCUUUAAUUGACAGUGGAAUUCUCAAGAACCCGAAGCUUAAAGAACAAGCAAACCAAUAA